AUGUCACCAAUUCAAUUACCACCAUUAAAGAUUGAUGCUUUACCAACAUUACCAAACCCAUUAGAAGAAGCUAAGAGAUCAGCUGCUUAUAGAGCUGUUGAUGAAAAUCUUGAUUUUUUUAAUCACAAAGUAAUUGGUAUUGGUAGUGGUAGCACAGUUGUUUAUGUUGCUGAAAGAAUUGGUCAAUACUUAAAAGAUGAAAAUUAUUCUAAAUAUGUUUCCAAGUUCAUUUGUAUUUCUACUGGGUUUCAAUCUAAACGAUUAAUUUUAGAUAAUGGAUUAAAUUUUGGUGUUGUGGAACAAUAUCCAGAUAUUGAUAUUGCUUUUGAUGGAGCAGAUGAAGUUGAUGAAAAUUUACAAUUAAUUAAAGGUGGUGGUGCAUGCCUUUUCCAAGAAAAAUUGAUUAGCACUAGUGCCAAGAAAUUUAUAGUUGUUGCUGACCAUAGAAAGAAGUCACCAAAAAACCUUUGUACUAAUUGGACAAAUGGGAUUCCUAUUGAAGUUGUGCCAUCAGCCUAUGUUCGGGUUAAGAAUGAUUUACUGAAUAAAUUGAACGCUAAGAAUGUUAAUAUUAGACAAGGUGGUAGUUUCAAAGCUGGUCCAAUUGUUACCGACAAUAACAAUUUUAUUAUUGAUGUUAAUUUCAAUGGAAUCAUUAAUAAUCCUAAACAAUUACACUCUGAAAUUAAAUCAUUAAUUGGUGUUGUUGAGACUGGGUUAUUUAUUGAUAAUGCUAUGAAAGCAUAUUUCGGUAAUUCCGAUGGUACUGUUGAAUUACAAGAAAAGAUGAUUCCAGUAAUGGCUUGA